AGGGCCCCCGGCACACUCCGCCAGAGGCCUGCACCCACUCACUACUCCUGUGCAGCCCCUGCCCGCCGGGACAGGGCCCACGCCACCCGUGGAUGAGCCACAGGACCUCCUCCUCCUUCAGAGCGGAGAGAAGUUUUCACUCCUCUUCCUCCUCCUCCUCCUCUUCCUCCUCUUCCUCCGCGGCCUCCCGUGCCCUCCCAGCCCAGGACCCACCCAUGGAGAAGGCACUGAGCAUGUUUUCUGAGGACUUUGGCAGCUUCAUGCGGCCCCACUCGGAGGCCCUGGCCUUUCCAGCCCGUUCAGCAGGUCCGGGGAACAUCAAGACCCUUGGAGAUGCCUAUGAGUUUGCAGUGGACGUGAGGGACUUCUCACCGGAAGACAUCAUUGUCACUACCUCCAACAACCACAUCGAAGUGCGAGCCGAGAAGCUGGCGGCAGAUGGCACCAUCAUGAACACCUUUGCUCACAAGUGCCAGCUGCCGGAUGACGUGGACCCCACAUCGGUGACCUCUGCCCUGCGGGAAGACGGCAGUCUCACCAUCCGGGCCCGACGUCACCCACACACACAGCACGUCCAGCAGACCUUCCGGACAGAGAUUAAGAUCUGACAGUCUCCUUCCCUCCCCCCUGCUCCUUCCCCACUGACCUGCCACCA